AUUAACAGUGGCGCUGGAGACACCGACCAAGAAGUACACGGACUUCACGCUUGCAGAGGUCAACAGCCUAUAUGAGAUAACGAACUUGGAAAAGCCAGAUGUUCCCGACCUACCACAAUUCCAUGGGAUCUCCACUGAGCCACUCGACUCAGCUCUGCACCAGGAGUCCUUGCGAAGGCUGCUCGAUGAGUUAGACUCACGAAUUCAGCGAUGCCGAUACCUUCAGCCAAUGAGGCGACAGCCUCCAUCUAUUUCCGUUAGGGACAUGCCAUACACGCUAGGCGUUACAGAGGUGAAGAAAGAAGACAUCCGAAAGGGCGUGGCGCAGAAUUUGGUGCAACUAGAGUUGUCGCUGACCAUUCGAAAACGCAAGCGGUGUGGUGAUGAGGAGGAGGACAGAUGUAUCCCUUUGAAGGCAUACGGGAUUGUCACGGAUGCCAGAGACUGGUAUUUCUUGGAAUGUUGCAUAAGCCAGUCCGAUGAUAAGUCUUCUACCGACUCUCGCUGCCCAAGAUUCAGGAUAUCGAAAUUGGAUGAUGUGGUCAACUACCAGAAGAGCACAUGGAAGGAGGAUGCCGCCGCGGUGUUGGGUCGAAUUGUAUGGCUGAUGAGGAAAAUGGUGGACGAGAUCCCAAAGCGCGAGCUCAGACUAAGAGGCAAAAAAUACUCGAAUCCACGACCAAGGUCUAGUGCACCGAGUGUACAUGAUCUGUCAAAAACAUAGCCAUAUUUUGUACAAUUCGUAGCUUUUUUUAUCCUUGCUUUUCGCUGCAGAGAGGUUGUGUUGUGAGUAAAAAACAAUGCACAAAGUCUGGUAGAAUCUGGUGCAACUAGAGUCGUCGUUGACCAUUCGAAAACGCAAGCGCUGUGACGACGACGAUGGG